AAUGGUUUGUGUAGAAAUUAAAGUUGAUGUUGUCUGUUUCUGAAAAUUCUCUUUUAUUCGGUAAAGAUGGUUUAUGUAGGUAAAAAAUAGUAUACGUACAUAGAUAAUAGUUUCAUUUGUGAUCAAGUUGCAUACGAAAUUCAAGCAAAUGCCAUAACUGGCAAUUGUUUUCAAAAUGUCAAGUGCCAUGUGUGAUAACCAAAAUUUUGAUUCUUCAAUAAUGAAUUUGGUAACUAGUUUCGAUAUAAAGAACCUUUUAGAAUAUUUUGCUAAGAAUACUUAUGGUGCCAAAGCAGAGGACAAUGAGGCAAACAGUAUUUUAGAACGUUGUACAAAGUUAAUGGAAAUUGAUUACAGCCUUUUAAAGGUCAGUAAUAAAAACGGAGAACUGUGUCCUCAGUACCCUAGUCAAUUACUUAUUUUAGAAUAUGAAAAUGGCUGCAACCAAAACAUUAAUACUAGUAACAAUUGCAGCCAGUCAACUCAGCGAAUUACUGACACUAUUUAUGAGAGUAUUGAUCUGCAAAAGAUCAGAGACCAGUUUAAUAGAGCAAGAUAUGCAAGAUGCCGAUUGCGAUUUCCCGUUCCUACUAUCCUUUAUAGAGGCAAAUAUGUGUGUCGUUCUUCCACGUUAUCUGGUGGUCCAGAAAUUUACGGCAGAUCCGGCCUAGAUUACUUAUUCUAUGGUUCCAUCGACAACAGUAAAUCUGAAGAUGAAAUGGACUGUUCGGAACCUGACUGCUCAACGCCAUCUGAUUGGCAACUUUUUGACAAAGUCCGCAGCCAAGACAUCAAACUUCUAAAACGAUUGAAUAUUGGUACAAUUGUAGACUUGAUGGUGGAGAAGAAGAAAGUGAAAUUCGGCAUGUAUGUGACCUCUUCGGAAAAAGUUGAUAAAGAAAAUCGAUAUUCUGAUUUCAAUAUAAUAUCGUUGCCUUAUCCUGGGUGUGAGUUUUUCAAAGACUUCCGUGACAAUAAUUAUACUGCAGAAGACCUUAUUUUUGACUGGACUCAAGAACAAUGUGAUGCAAACAUUUCUGUUCCGGAUAAUCCUCUUUUAAGGCAUUUGAGGAUUGAAUGGAAUAACUAUAAACAAUGGGAUUUGAUCCUUAUGACCCAGAAUUACAUUAAAUACUUGCUCAAGUAUUUGCAGGAUAACACGUCUGGUAUAUUAGUCCACUGCAUAAGUGGGUGGGAUCGCACACCAUUAUUCAUUUCUCUUUUACGUUUAUGUUUAUGGGCUGAUGGUUUAAUCCACCAGGGGUUAGACGACCAUCAAAUACUCUACUUAACAAUUGCCUAUGACUGGAUGUUGUUCGGACAUCGCCUUUCAGAUAGACUCGUAAAAGGCGAAGAAAUUUUUUUCUUCUGCUUUUAUAUGCUCAAGUACUUGAUGAGCGAUGAAUUCAGCGUUGCCCCUGGACGGUAUAAGCACAAAAAACACACUGAAAAAAUAGAAGACGUUACUAUAAAGUCUGAGUACGAACCUGUUGGAGAACUUCUUUUAGAACAGGAUCAUUUGAGAGGGUCCAAUGUUAGUUUGAACAGUAUAUGCUCCACCAUCAGCAACAAAUCGCAGGAUCUUAUAACAUGGUACCAUAACAGCGAUGAGUCAAAUGGCAACUUAGCAAACUCUGCCAUGUCACUAGAUGUCCGCGACACACUUCCUUUGGGAGCAUCGGCUUCACCACAAGCUCGCCGUACAUCUCCCGUUAUGGUACCGACUGGUACCCGAUUGAAACGUACAGAUUCUUCUACGACCACCUGCAGUGUUCAUAGUAAUAAUAGCAACCAUAGUUCCAACAGUGGCGGGAGUUGGCAAGUCGUUACCGGAACUGGAAGUUUGAGAGGUUCCGAUACUGCCAGCACCUGCGGCGACAUUCCAUUCGCUCAUAGUUCCUUUUGUUCUGUUGUCGACGGAGACGAACCUGCGGAGUGCGUAGUACCCCGCAAAUGUCGUGCGGAGAGGCUUUACAAAGUCCGAGAGUUAUUCUAUGCGGCCUACUUUCAGUCUAUCGGUGGUGAGGUGAGAAUGGGAGGGCCGGAGCCUUCCAUUGGAACUAUGAUUUCCAAUGUGGUUGAAAAAGUUUUUCCCAAAGACUCCAAAUGAAAAUUCCUGUUGUUAGCAUGUCAUUGGCGGAUGAUUCACUUUUUAUUGACUGAUUAAAUUUAAGACAUUUUAUAUAAGUAAAAACCUGUUGCAUUUUCUCUAUUUGACGUAAAGGGGUAUUGGAACUGUCUUUUGUCAGAAUAAAAGAGUUUUGGAAAAUUUCAGCUUAAUGUGUUCCUAGUAUGAAUUUUAAUACUUAAAUUUUUGUUGUUUUUAACUUGAUAUUGUUGAAAAAUGUCAAUGAAAUCGCAAUAAUUUUUUACUCAUGUUCCUUCUUAUUAUAUAAAAGAGAGAGAUGUAUCUUAAAGAUAUAUAAAUAUAUAUAUAUACAUGUAUAAGUGCCGUCGGUCACAGCAUGAGCUCAAAUAAAAAAUAUAUAACUAAAUACUCAUUGCGAUGGCGUUCUUGACUCAACGGCAUUUUAAAAAUGCCGAGUAACAUUCUAGUUGGUAAUUCCUUUAAUAAUUCAGUAUGCAAGAAAAGUGAUAGGACCAGAUGGUCUUGACGGCUUUGUUAAAGCCUUUUGUGAUGAAUCCUUAUCGACUGUCCCAUUUUCUGGGACUAAAGUGUUUUUAGAAUAAGUUUGUGUUUAAACGAACAAGAAACAAGGGAAACAUUUUUAAAACCUCUGAAAGCAUGUAUUGGAAAGAGGGGUUAUGUCAAAGUUGAUAAAAAUGAUAGAAAAAAAAAUAAUCUUGAAGGUUCGUGCAUAUUGUGUUAUAGAACCAUACAUGAAAUAAAUUUAGACAUUUUGAAAUUUACCAUUAACAAAAAAAAAAAGUGUUAUUUUUAGAUUGUUGGUUUUAUUCAGUAGUACCACUUUUUAUUAAUUCGCAUAAGAGAGGUGAUCUUAAAAAUUUUUAUUGAACUGUAAAUUUUAACAAGUAUGUUUGUGUGUUUUAUUACUUACCUUUCAUUUCUUUAAGUAUUCAAUUUCUCAGAUUUUACCUUAGUGGGUUUCUUGUUCGUUUAAGUCCUUUGUUAUUUUAUAGUAUUAAUAUUGAAUCGUUCAAUGCCAAUGACUGUGUUAUUUAUUUUCUUACUGACAUGCAUUUUUGUUUUUUCAAAUCAUUUUAUUGUUUUGAUUGUGUUUUUUAAGAGGUCGUAUUUGUUCAGUCCAUUUGUAAUAAUAACAUCCUGUAAUUUAUUUUCGAUACAAGUUACAUUUGAAUCGAUCAGACUUCUAAAUAUUUUGGACAGCAAGUAUUUGUGCCUCUUAUUGUUAAAAUGUUAAUGUGAAAUUUUAUGUAAAAUUUAAAUAAAUAUAUAUUUAUGUAA